AUGGGUUCAAAAUGCAAGAAUUCCACGACGUGUACGCCACAGGACGAUAACGAGCUACUCGUGGCAAAAGAUUCGAUACAAUCUACAAGAUAUACAAUUCCUGAAAUAAAGCUUCAAGUGAACCAAAAAUACGCCCAAAUCUAUGAGAAACGGAAGCGUAAGGAAGAGCUUUCCGUACUUGAAAAAAGAUGUGGAGUCCAUGGGGUUACUACUACUAGUGAUGAUCCUGAGUCGGAAUCCGAGACAGAAGAUGAAGAUGGGGAAGAAUUGACACAGGAAAUUGAUGCAGAUAUUACUAAAACGCUCAAGCUUCUUCGUAAGAAAGAUCCAGUCAUUUAUGAUCCAUCGAUCACGUUUUUCAAGCCAUCAGUUCAGGCUGUUGAAAUGAUCCAUGAAGAAGAUACAAAUGAUGGCCAUAUAACCGUAACAAAGGAGAAAAGAGUGAUGCCAUUGUAUUAUAAGGAUAUGGUGCGUCAGCAAGCAAUGGCAGGAGACAUUAGUGGCAGUGACGACGACGACGAGGAGGAGGAGGAGACGGAAAUGGUGCAAACGUAUGCGGAAGAACAGGCUGAGAUAAAGAAUUCAUUCUUGGCAUUGCUGAAAAAGGAAGAGGAGAAGGAAGAACAGGAAGUAGAUGAUGAACUAGAUGGAGGACUUUUUACAAUAAGGAAGAAGGACGUUGGCGAACAGAAAAAAGAGGAAGACGAGUAUGAGGAGUUUACGUCCAAGUAUGGAACAAAGCUAAAGAAGGGAGAGACGGAUCCUGACAAGUUCUUGGAGCAUUAUCUAAGCAGUGAAGGAUGGAAAGAUAAAACUCUUGUUGUCCCACAUUAUGAUGACAUUGUUAAAGAGGACGAAGAGGAUGCAGAAGCGUUGGAGAAGGCGGAAGAAUUUGAGCACAAUUACAAUUUUCGCUUUGAGGAACAGGGAAGUAGUGUCAUCCAAACGUAUGCGCGUCACAUUGAUGACACGAUGCGUCGUGAAGACGACUCGCGUAAGCGAAAACGAGCAGAGCGAAAGGAGCGCAAAGCCCUUGAACGUCAAAAGAAAGAGGAAGAACUUCGUCGUUUGAAAAAUCUAAAGCAGGCUGAGAUCGAACGAAAGCUGAAAAAAAUUGCACGGCUCAUGGGUGAAGAAGAAAGCACGGUUGGCCUGAAGGCAGAGGACCUGGAGGGUGACUUCGACCCCGAAGAGUACGACAAGCGAAUGCAAGCCGUAUUUGAUGACGAGUAUUACAAUGAAGGUGACGACGAUAUGGAGAAGCCUAUGUGGGACGAAGACGACGAUAAGGAACUAUUUGCAGGUCUGUCUGUCGAUCCAGAGGAGGAAGAGGAUAUAGAAAGCGCUGCUAAAGCGAGAAUUGAAGCAGAAAAGAAGGAUGACGAGGACGACAAUGAGGAUGACAACGAGGAGGAUGCUAAAGACGAGGUGCAAGAGGAGGAUGGAGAUGAGGCGGCACCACGUAAGAAGCUGAAAGAGACUGAGAUGCAACGUCAGAAGCAGAAGUACCUGGAUGAGCUGUACAGCUUAGACUAUGAAGACCUGAUUGGAGACAUCAAGUGCCGCUUUAAAUAUCGUCAGGUCCAGAAUAAUGACUUUGGUCUCACUGUGGAUGAGAUUAUGGCUGCUGACGACAAAGAGCUUAAGCAGCUUGUGUCUCUGAAGCGUAUGGCACCGUACGCUGACUCGGAGUACUCUAUCGAUCGUAAGCAGCUUAAGAAUUUCAAGAAGAGUUUGCGGAAGGCUCAAGAAGAGAACCGUCGGCGCAAGCACGCAAAGAAGACUGCUGCUGGGAACGCGGCAGAGAAUGAUGAGGCCGAACAGCCUAAAAAGAAGAGGAAACGCAGCAAGAAGAAGGUUACAGAGGAGGGAGCGAAGUCAAAAGAAAAUGAAGAUGAUACGAUGCCGGAAGACGAUGAGUCGAACCUGAAAACGAGUAAGAAGGUAAAGCGUGAAAGUGCUAAGCCAGUAGCGGAGGAGACUGCAGGUGACAUUGAACCGAAGAAGAAGCGCAGGAGCAAGAAAAAGAAAAGUGGUGAGAAGAAUGUAUAUGCAAGUACGGGUCUCCCGACUUCUCGACUCGAGUCGUACAAGCUGGUUAAGACUACGAAAAAUUAG